AUGGCAGGGCCUUCGAGGACCUUUGCCUUUUCUACUCCUCCUCCUUCCCCACUUUCUCCUCAAAAUCCGAGAUCAAAUCGUGCCAACACCACCAUGCGGAAGCGGAAGAUUUCCUCGGAGUUUGAAAACCUAAAGGGGGCCGAGGAGAAGCAAGCGCAGAUCGAAACCCUCGAGAGGGAGCUGGACUCAUUGUUUUGCUACUACAAGGAAACUGCGGCUAAGAAAGUUAGCAUCGAACUGAGCCAGUGCGGUGGCUCACGAAACGCCCUCGUCGCUGCUCUGUUGGAGGAGAGUGACCUUCCGCUGGCGAGGCUCAUUGUCGAGAUCCGCGACAGGUUGAACGAUGAGGUCCGUAGCGGUGCAAUCGUGCUGGGGGACCCGUUGACCUACGCGACUGUGAAGAGUAGCGUGUUGUUUGCGGGACAGAGAAUGGCUUACGGCUUGCCUAAUGCUGACGCUGAUGUAUUGGAGGAUCAUGCCGAGUCGUGUCUCUGGUGUUGGGAGACGAGAGAUUUGAAAUUGUUGCCGAAAUUUGUUCGAGGAGAAGUUGGUGUUCGACGCAUAUGCCGGAAAAAAAUUCAUGAGAGGAUUAUGGCUGUAUCUGAAGUAAUAGCAGCUCUGAAAAAGGUAGAGAUUGAACCAGAUUACACUAAUGAUUUAAAGAAGGCAUCAAAAAAGCUCAGUAAAGCUCUUCCCGAGGCAGAUAUCCGCUCGUAUAUGAAUAGUUCAUUGCAGAAACAUAGCGACGACAUGUACAUAACACACAAUAUUCCUGAAAAGUUUUGA